AUGUCUUCAGAGAAGGCAUUGCCUCCCGACCGAUUCGAUCCAGCUAAUCUACCUGACUACGAUCACGAUUUCAUCACACCCGAAGAGUUAGCCCGGUUCGAGGACGCAUUGAAUGCCCCCGAAGCUUCCCCACUCGUAGCCAUCAACGACUGGCGUCCUAUCAACCAGCGAGUGCGUAAGAGUCGCGGCCGUCGCAAGGCCCCCAAGCGGAGCAGGGACGAGACGAGAGAGGGCGUGCUAUACACUGUCCUCAAAUGGCCGUUCCUGUUCACGGUGUUUACCUGGAUUACUCUGCUUGGUAUCGCGUACGCUUUGGUCCGCGUGUACAUCUUCCUCUAUGAACAAGGUGUCACCUGGCGUGGGCGGCGAGAGCGGCUGCGUCGCGAUCUAGCGACCAAGACAAAUUAUCCAGACUGGCUGAAGUCGGCCCAGGCGUUGGAUGCCUACCUUGGAAAUGAGACGUGGAAGCAGACGGACGAGUAUGCUUACUAUGACCACCUGACGAUCAAUAAGGUGGUGGCGCAGCUGAAGGGCAUAAGAAAAGAAGCUGAAAAGGAAGUGCAACAUGGAGUCAGCGCGGGUCAGGCCUCUGCGGUUGAAGAACUGAGCUCAUUAUUGGAGGCCUGCGUGAAAAAUAAUUUUGCUGGCGUGGAGAACCCUCGGAUCUACAGUGAGGCCUAUUCCGGAACCAAGGACCUGGUUCAGGAGUAUAUCAACGAGGUGCAAGCCUGCAUUCAGCUAGUCUUGGAGAGUAAGCGGAUCGAUUCAGAGACGAAAUACCGCCACUUCAAACAUCUUGAUACCAAUUUCGGUCGCACUGCUCUCUGUCUUUCGGGAGGCGCCACUUUCGCUUAUUACCAUUUUGGGGUGGUUAAGGCCCUGCUCGAUAACGAAGUUCUCCCUGAGAUUAUCACGGGCACCUCUGGUGGCGCCUUGGUGGCCGCACUUGUGGCGACUCGAACUGAUGAGGAACUGAAGCAGCUGUUGGUCCCAGCCCUAGCACACCGUAUCCGCGCCUGCCAUGAAGGGUUCACCACCUGGAUCCGUCGCUGGUGGAGGACAGGUGCCCGCUUCGAUACGCUGGAUUGGGCGAAACAAUGCAGCUGGUUUUGCAGAGGUUCGACUACCUUUCGAGAAGCCUAUGAGCGUACCGGGCGCAUCUUGAAUGUCUCGUGCGUUCCGUCUGAUCCCCACUCACCCACGAUCCUCGCGAAUUAUCUGACGAGUCCGGAUUGUGUCAUCUGGAGUGCCGUAUUGGCUUCUGCGGCUGUCCCGGGAAUUCUCAAUCCGGUAGUUCUGAUGACCAAAAAGCGCGAUGGGACCCUGGCGCCUUACUCCUUUGGUCACAAGUGGAAGGACGGGAGUCUGAGAACUGAUAUCCCCAUCAGAGCGUUGAAUUUACAUUUCAACGUCAAUUUUACCAUCGUUUCCCAGGUCAACCCUCAUGUGAACCUAUUCUUCUUCAGCUCUCGUGGUACCGUAGGGCGACCAGUCACACACCGGAAGGGCCGGGGUUGGCGCGGUGGGUUCCUAGGCACAGCGAUCGAGCAGUACAUCAAGCUCGACCUGAACAAAUGGCUACGGGUCCUACGACAUCUUGAACUUCUUCCAAGGCCUCUGGGUCAAGACUGGAGUGAGAUCUGGUUACAAAAGUUUAGUGGCACAGUAACACUGUGGCCUAAAACUGUACCCUCGGACUUUUACCACAUCUUGACAGAUCCAACACCGGAACGCUUAGCGCGGAUGAUCCAUGCUGGCCAGCAAAGCGCGUUCCCCAAAAUCCAAUUCAUCCAGAAUCGGCUUAAAAUCGAAAACACCAUCAUGCGCGGUCUCCAGCAGUGCUCCCCGACGGGUGGUCGCUCCCUGUCGCCGAUUCUCUCGCGCCGUUUCCAGUCCUCAGAUACAGAGGAUGCCAUGGCAGAUCGAUUGGAUGACACUUUCCCAGAGCGCUUUGAGUCUAGCUACGCUGAUACCACUGACAGCUUAUCCCAAUCAACCUCUUCCCGGCCACAUAGCCCCACUCCGGCCUCCCACAGAAGGAAUAGCGUGAUGGAGGAAGUGCGGCGCCAGUCCGCAGUGUUCUUCGAUGACACCGAGUUCUCUGGUGACGAUUCUAUCGCCAUCACCUAA